GGAAUAUAGGCCCUAUUUAAUAAUAUUAAAAAAAAUCAACAUAUAAAUGGACUUCCCAAUUGUUAAGAACUUCACUAAUUCAGAAAACCAAAAUUUUUUAAAAAAUAAUUUUUCAAAAAAAGAAAUUAAAAAUAUUCAAUCAAAACACUAUAAAAAUGAAUUCGCGUCAAAUCUUCUUUGCUCUCUUGAUUGUGCUUAUGGCUACUAUCGUAACAGCCUCUCCUUUGAAUUUAGAUCAAUUAACUAAGAGAGAAGAUGAAAAUGCAUCUUUUGGUGAUUCCGAUAUUUUCUAAGCUAUUAAUUUUGCAUAUUAGAAUCUUUUUAUUAGGCAUUAUUUAUUCUCAUUAUUUCACUUAUUUAACAUCAUUUCAAAGCAUAGCAUUAAUAGUUAGACGUACCA